AUGAUGCAACAGACGACAACCGUCAGAUCCGCAAGCCGUGCAGAAUGCGACUCUUUGACUGAUUGGGACGCCCUGCUGGACUCGGAAUCAUUGACGGGUGCCCAGCUGAUGGAAUAUUUCACCUGGACCAACAGUUCAUCUUGUCGAUUAUCCCACGACUUUGGUGGUGAGCUGAUGAGGAAUCCCACAGGAAUGGCUGGACAAAAAGCCAUUUGCAUCGAUUCAAAAGUGGCGCCACAACCCGGCAAUUGUCUGAUCUACUCGUUUGGCAUUGGCGGCGAAUGGUCGUUCGACGAGCAGAUGGAACGGUACGGCUGUCAAGUUUACGCAUUCGAUCCAUCGAUGGGCCUGGAUCAGCACGACCACAGCCCCGCCAUCCACUUCUACAACUGGGGACUCAGCAACCGGGACGAAUUCAACAUUUACGAAAAUUGGACGGUGCGUUCGCUAUCGUCCAUCUACGAGACGCUGUCUGCUGAUCGUCACGGCCGUCAAAUCAUCGACUAUUUGAAAAUCGACGUCGAGUUUUACGAAUGGCUGGCCCUGCCGCAAAUCAUCGAGUCCGGGAUGCUGUCCAACAUCCGCCAACUCGGCAUCGAAGUCCAUCUGGACCACCGGGAUCCGAUUGACAAGUACCGCGAAUGGGCGAAAAUAUUACGAACGCUGGAGGGGAAAGGCAUGAUCCGCUUCGAUUCGAAAUCCAAUCCCUGGUCGGCCGGCAAUUUCACCGAACUGGGACUGUGGGGAUCGUUUGGCCACGAAAUUGCGUGGUACAACGACAAUCAUUUGCAUAUUGAAUAA